AUGUGGAUGCUUCCAGGGCAAAACCAAAGCUGGGUUUCUGAAUUUAUCCUGCUUGGCUUCUCCAGUGACCCCACAUCCAACUGGAUCCUUUUCAUUGCCUUCCUUCUCCUCUACCUGAGCUCAGUCUUGGGCAAUGGGCUCAUUGUCAUCCUGAUCUGCCUGGAUACACAUCUCCACACUCCAAUGUACUUCUUCCUCUGUAUCCUCUCCCUGCUGGAUAUGGGCUGUGUCACCACCACCGUGCCACAGAUGUUGGUGCAUCUUCUCUCUCAUUCUCAAACCAUCACCUUUGCUGGCUGUUGGUUACAGAUGUAUGUGUUUGGUGCCCUGGGACUGACUGAGUGCAUAUUCUUUGUAGUCAUGGCUUAUGACCGAUAUGUAGCCAUUUGCUACCCACUGCGUUAUACUGUCAUCCUCAGUUGGGGCCUCUGUACACAGUUGGCAGUUGGGACAUGGAUCUGUGGUUUCUUCUUCUCUCUGAUCCAUACCUACCUCACCAUGAGGCUGCCAUAUUGUGGGCCCAACAUAGUCAACCACUACUUCUGUGAAGGUCCCAUAGUACGGAGCUUGGCUUGUUUGGACACCCACCUCAUUGAGAUGGUGGACCUGGUCAUCAGUGUCUUUAUGGUUGUUACCCCACUCUCUCUCAUUCUGGCCUCCUAUAUUCGUAUUGCCCUGGCCAUCCUCAAGAUCAAAUCCAUCCAGGGUCGCUGCAAGGCUUUCUCUAGCUGUGCCUCCCACUUGACAGUGGUCACAUUUUUCUAUGUUCCAGCUACUUACAUCUAUAUGAGGCCCAACUCCAGCUAUUCCCCUGAGCGAGACAAGCAGAUCUCACUUUUUUACAACGUCUUCACUACCCUGCUCAACCCUGUGGUCUAUAGUCUUAGAAACAAGGACAUUAAGGGAGCUUUUCUCAAGGUGAUGGGGCAUAGAGUGGCCUGGUGA